CUAGACAAAAUACAUAUGCAUGUGUAUAUCGGGCGGGUUCGGGUUGGAUAGUGAGAAAACCAUGCCCACCCAGUACCCGCAAUAUUCGGGUUCGGGUUUUACCCGUACCCGCUAAAAGUCAUUCGGGUUCGGGUUUUACCCACCCGACAAAGUCGGAUUCGGGCGGAUAUCCACGGUUACGGAUAUUUUUGCCAUCCCUACCGAUGGCCUGGCUCGCCCCUAGUCGUGUUGCCGUUAACUUUGACGAUCCUUCUACCCACCUCUCUCUCGCCGUUACUGUACGAAAUCUGAUUUACCGGAGGUGUGGGGUCCGACCCGCCCCGCAACCAAAACGACACAACAGAGACGCGAACCCGUGGGAAUUUCCACCGUCCGGUUAAUAUAGUAACUGGAUCCGUCGACUAAAAGAAUUCACCAUUGCCUUCUGGCUCGGUCCCUGAAAUUUUGGGGGGUUGUCUAUUGGAUCCUUGAUUAAAUGCAAAGCUAUCGUGUAUAUUGUAUGGUGUUGUCAAUUCUAGUUCAGUCCUAUUGGGGGCCAGAGCAUGCGGGAUGGAAAAUUGACAUUUAUUAUCACCAUCUAUCUAUUAUACAUCUAUUUAUGAUAUGAGUUGGUAAACCACUAAACUAGGUGAAGUUUUAUGGAUGAAAUAUACCAAAUAUGAGAAAUGAAUAGAUUAUAUGGAGCUCGAUAAAGAAUAUGGAAGAACAUCUUAUUUAUACAAAGGAAUUUACAGUUUUGGAAAAUUUCAAGGUAAAUUGACGCAGGAAUCAAGUGAACAAGGAAAAAAAAAUGAGAAUGUGACAAGGUUGGCAUAGUUGGAGUGUAAUUAAACCUUAAUGAUUAACAAUUUUCAAGGUAAGGGUAUGGCUUGGGGAUUGCAAGUGCUUAUUCAAGAUGUAUAGGGCGAUCUAAUGUUCAAGAUGUAUAUGGCGACAAUGACAAGAUGAAAAAAUGGAAUUAACUAGCUAGUUGAUAUUCAACAUACUAGGAAUAAGUAGGCUUCACGAGUUUCAUAGUAGUCUUUUACAGAGAUGUACAGUAUUACACAAAAAAAUCAUCCGUUUAACCAUAACUAUUGUAUACAAUAUACAUUUAGAAGCUCAUAAAAGUAUUAACAACAACUCAUACUAAUUCACGCUUCGGGUCCAACGAAUUAAUAUCAUUCAUCUCAAUGUGUGUAUAUAUUAUGAUCUAUUUAUCAACUCUUACACAUUUGUAAUUAAACAUAAAUUUCCAUGUAAAAUAAAAUAUAAGGACUGAAAUGUUGCCAAACUAUAUCUCUAGUGACUAAUUGUCGACAUAUCCAAGAUUAAAUAAUUCAAAAAAGCUUAUACUGCGAGUCAUCGAUUCUGUUUUUGUUUUUCCCCCCACUUUCUCCCUACUUAUUAUAGCCUCUGCAAUUGCACGGACGCUAUCUUUGCUCUGUAACAGCAUCACCCACACCAGUACUACUACACAAACAAACUGUGAACGCCAUACUCGAACAAACUUCAACAAGAACGGAAAAACAAACACACACAGAAAAACGCGAAAAUGAGGAACUCACUGUUCUUCCUUCUCCUCCUCCUCCUCCUCCUGUUCACUGCUUGCUAUGGCCAGAGCAACGACCUCGAAGUACUCUUGAAGCUCAAAUCCGCCAUGACCGGACCAAAAGGCACCGGCCUCGACGACUGGCAGCCUCCGCCGCCGCCGCCAUCGAUUCGCUCACCCUCCGCUCACUGCUCAUUCUCCGGCGUCACAUGCGACGGGGAAUCCCGCGUCGUCUCUCUCAACGUCUCGUUUCACCGCCUGUUCGGCUCAAUUCCGCCCGAGAUCGGAGAGCUGGACCGGCUCGUGAAUCUCACCAUUGCUUCCGAUAACCUAACCGGCAGACUUCCACCGGAGAUGUCCAAGCUCGCCUCUCUCAGGACGCUCAACGUCUCGAACAACAAUUUCUCCGGAGAUUUCCCGGGGGAGAUCGUUCUAGGGAUGCCUCUGCUCCAGAUCCUCGACGUCUACAACAACAAUUUCUCCGGCCCGCUGCCGAAGGAGGUCGCGAGGUUGAAGAAUCUGGUGCAUCUCCAUCUCGGCGGGAACUACUUCUCCGGCACGAUUCCGGAGACCUACGGCGAGAUUCGGAGCCUGGACUACUUGGGGCUGAACGGCAACGGCCUCUCCGGCGAAGUUCCAGCGAGCUUGGCGAAGUUGAAGAGGCUGAGGAGCCUCUACCUCGGGUAUUUCAAUGUGUACGAAGGCGGAAUCCCGCCGGCGUUUGGUUUGCUGAGCAAUCUCGAAGUUCUGGACAUGGCGAACUGCAAUCUCAGCGGCGAAAUCCCGAGUAGCUUGAGCCGAUUGAGCCGGCUCAACAGUCUGUUCCUCCAGUUCAACCAUUUAUCAGGUCACAUUCCCCCGGAAUUCUCCUCUCUUGUUAACUUGGAGUCGCUCGAUCUCUCAAUCAACGAGCUCACCGGAGAGAUCCCGUUGGGUUUCGUCUCUUUGAAGAAGAUCACUCUGAUCAAUGCGUUCAAGAACAAUCUGUACGGUCCGAUCCCAGAGUUCAUCGGCGAUUUCCCUAAACUCGAGGUGUUUCAGCUUUGGGGGAACAAUUUCACUCUCGAGCUGCCGGCGAAUCUCGGCCGGAACGGCAAGCUGAAACUGCUCGACGUUUCGUUCAAUCACCUCACCGGUUCAAUCCCUAGGGAUUUAUGCAAGGGAGGGAAAUUGGAAACCCUAAUUUUAAUGAACAAUUUCUUCAUCGGUCCUCUUCCAGAGCAGCUCGGCGAUUGCCAUUCACUGAAGAAGAUCCGCAUCGUGAAUAACCUCCUCAGCGGGCCGAUUCCCGCCGGCAUCUUCAGUUCCCCUGCCGUCACCGUCCUCGAAUUCAGCAACAACUACUUCUCCGGCGAACUUCCAUCUGAAAUGUCCGCCCCGCUGCUCAGCCUUCUCACGGUUUCCAACAACCGGAUUGAAGGCGGAAUCCCUCCAGCAAUCGGCAACUUGGCGAACUUGCAGAUUCUGCAACUCGAUACCAACAGAUUGUCCGGCGAAAUUCCGACUCAGGUUUUCAAUCCCCGCCACCUCUCCAAGAUCAAUGUCAGCGCCAACAACCUCACAGGUGAAAUCCCGGCCUCAAUUUCUCGCUCCUCGUCACUAACCUCGGCCGAUUUCAGCCGGAACCAGCUCUCCGGCGAGAUUCCAAAGGGGAUUAUCGAGCUCAAGGACUUGAGCAUUCUGAACAUCUCCCGCAAUCAACUCACCGGUCAAAUUCUCGGCGAUAUAAGGUACAUGACCAGCCUCACGACUCUUGAUCUCUCCUACAACAAAUUGUGGGGUAGGAUCCCUACGGGAGGACAGUUCCUUGUGUUUAAGGACACUGCAUUCAUCGGCAACCCGAAUCUCUGUUUCCCUCAUCAAGUCUCCUGCCCAUCGUUCCCCGAUUCAGCUCAAUCCUCCACCCGCCAUACGCCGUCGUUUACCCCCACCAAGGCCAUACUCACCGUCAUCGCAGCUUCAACAUUACUAAUCCUAAUCACGGUGACAAUCUUCAUCCUCCGUAAGCGCAAGCUCCGUCAAUCACUGGCGUGGAAGCUCACCACGUUCCAACGCCUCGAUUUCAAAGCCGAGGACGUCCUCGAGUGCUUGAAAGAAGAGAACAUCAUCGGCAAAGGCGGCGCAGGGAUCGUCUACCGCGGCUCCAUGCCGGACGGCGUCGACGUGGCGAUCAAACGCCUCGUCGGCCGGGGAACCGGCCGGAGCGACCACGGAUUCUCCGCCGAGAUUCAGACCCUGGGUAGGAUCCGGCACCGGUACAUCGUUCGAUUGCUCGGCUACGUGUCGAACAAGGACACGAACUUGCUCCUCUACGAGUACAUGCCGAACGGGAGCUUGGGUGAGCUGCUCCAUGGCUCCAAAGGUGGGCAUUUGCAGUGGCAGACAAGGUACAGAAUCGCCGUCGAGGCUGCCAAGGGGCUUUGCUACUUACACCACGAUUGUUCUCCAUUGAUCAUCCAUCGAGACGUGAAGUCGAACAACAUAUUGCUGGAUUCCGAUUUCGAAGCCCACGUCGCCGAUUUCGGACUCGCCAAGGUCUUGCAAGAAGCCGGCGCUUCCGAGUGUAUGUCCUCCGUCGCCGGCUCCUACGGCUACAUCGCACCAGAGUAUGCAUAUACCUUGAAGGUGGACGAGAAGAGUGAUGUGUAUAGCUUCGGUGUUGUGCUAUUGGAGCUGAUAGCCGGGAGGAAGCCGGUGGGGGAAUUCGGCGAUGGUGUCGACAUAGUGAGGUGGGUGAGGAAGACGACGUCGGAGCUUUCUCAGCCAUCGGAUGCAGCUUCCGUGUUGGCCGUGAUCGAUCCUAGGUUGACCGGGUAUCCAUUGUUGGGUGUGGUUCAUCUGUUUAAGAUAGCUAUGAUGUGCGUGGAGGAUGAGAGCUCGGCCAGGCCGACGAUGAGGGAAGUCGUUCACAUGGUCACUAAUCCGCCGCAAUCCACCCCGGACUUGGUUACGCUAUGAAGUUAUAUUAUGGUUUGGAGACUAUGGUGUUUGUAGAGUGGAUGUAGUAAUAAAGCCUUUUUUUUUGUGUUAUGGAUUUGUGGGUCAGGCUUAAAAAAAAGGGUGUUUGUGUGUUAGCUUUUGGUUAGUAGGAUGUGUUUUGGUGUGCGCCCAUGGUUGUAAAUAAAGAUUUCCUUCAUUUCAUCUUGGUGAAAAAUCUUUAUCUUGUUCCCAACCUGGAAGAAACAAAAACAGGAACCUAGAAGAGAGAAGGGUAAGAAUCACUAUAAUGAAUGGGCUUUGUUUUCUCUAGGGAUGUAAAGCAGUAAAGGCCGCAAUGCUGUCAUAACCGAACCGGAGCAUGACCCGGUAAUGCGAAUGGCUCGCACUUUAGUGGUCCAACCGGCAUUAGACCGUUUAAAAACCGUUAGAGAACCGGUACCUAAUAAACGUUAUCAGUAUAAAUAGUGGACAUUUAUUAAUCAGAGCUCAUCUCUUUCCUUCGAAAUUGUGAAAUGGAAAUAAGUAUUCAGUUUGAGAGCCCUACGUUUUUUGUUUUUUUCAAUUUUCAAUUUUUUGCUUAAUUAAAUUGAGUGGCUGAAUGGCAAAAACCGGACCAGCGGCUCAAUCGGCUCGAACGGUUAACCGCCUCGGCCGCUCGCCAACCGCUACAUAAAACCGGAGCGGCUUUUAGACUGUUUCGAGCCGGUUUUAUGAACGGGUGGUGGUUUUACCGGUCGGGCCGAGCGGCUCGGCUCGGCUUUAAUAACUGGUAAAGGGUAAUACCCAUCCCGCAAAACUACAUGUGGUAAUAUUUAUGUCGAUUUAAGGAUUUAAGGUGGGGUGGGGUGAUCAUUAUCACAUAUUAUUUGAGAAAUAUAAACGUAAAUUUUUUUAUAAUUGAGAAUAAGAACACAUUUCAAUUUUUUUUUUUUAUAAUUGAGAAUAAGAACACAUUUCAUUUAAUGACAAAUAGUGAUAAUAGAAUGAGUAAUUGAAUUUAAAUAAUUAAAAGAUCAAUUCUUAUACUUAUUUAGAGUUUUAUUGGAUGAAAGUAUGAUUGAAAUAGAAAUAAUACAAACAAAUAUUAAAGAAAAUUGAGAUAGACGGUUCAAGAAUGAGACGAAGAUGGAUUUUACCGUAGGGUAACCUUUUGGAUUAGGUCACCAAAUCGUCUCGUCUCUCGUGUUGCUUUGAAGAUUUUUACAAAUGGAUUUUGGAAAUGUAGCUAUGGACUAUGGUCUUCUUCUGAGAAUAAGGUGAAUCAUGUCAAUUAGCAAACUGACAAAGAAGACGAAGAUGGUCAGUGAAGAGGUCAAAGAAGGUGAUCUUGUUGUGGGAAACAAAAAUAUUUGGUGGAAAGGUUGAGGGAGGCAGUCAUAUUAGUCACAAAUAUAUUGUUGUAUACUCCCUUCUAUUACAAUUAUAUAUAUAUUUUUUUUAACUAGGAUAGAGAAAGAGAAAAAUUGAAAUAAUCACAUAAUACUUGAGAAGAAAGUAGAGAAAAAAAAUAUUAUCUCAAUAAAAUGAUGUGGUUAACGACAAACAGAAAGUACUAAACGAUUAAACGAGAAACGACUAAAUGAUUCCUAUUAUAACCGAACCGAUCCGAUUAUCAACCCUAAGCAUAUGUCAAAACUACCACGACUUAGAAAAUUCAAAGAAACCUACUAAAUUAUCCAUAUGAAGUUAUGAACGUAGUGCAUAAACAGCUACAGAACAUUCUAGAUAAAAUAAAUUGAAAACAUACAUUUUUUACAAUAAAAAUAGAAAACAUACAAUUAAUAUAAACUAGCGUUGAACCGUGCUUGUUGGCAAGAGUACGAUUUUCUUUGUUAUAAUAAUUUGAUUUGCGUGAA